AUGGAUGUGAUGGAGAACGAUGGAGAUUCUGAGAGCAUCUACAUGAACGUGGAGGAUGCUGAGAAGAUUUCCUAUCAAAGUGAAAUCUACAACAACAUCCUGCUGAGCACAACCAAUCAGAAUUUAGGUUCUGCAGGUGCUGGUGAGAGGAGAAAGGUGAACCUCAGUAACAUGGCUGCAGUGUGUCUGGGGUUCCUGUGUGUUCUCCUGCUGGCUGUAAUUACUGUGCUGUGUAUAAAACACAACAACGAGAUGCUUCAAAUGCAGAGCAGCAAUGACAACAUGACCACAGAAAGAGAUAGGUUACAGAACAGAUAUAUUAUUAUAAACAAUGAAAAAGAGCAGUUAUGGAAUCAAAACAACAAACUGAUAUCAGAGAGAAACCAGUUACAGAUCAGUUACAAUGCUCUGAGAUCUGAGAGGGAUGCAUUGCAGAAUAAACUUACUAACCAAGUUUGUUGUCCAGUUGGAUGGAUGUGGUUCUCCACAAGCUGUUACCUCGUCUCCUCCAGUAUAAACACCUGGGAACAGAGCAGACAGAACUGCAGAAAUGCAGGAGCAGAUCUGGUGAUCAUCAACAGCAGAGAAGAACAGGAAUAUGUUUCCAGACUUGGAAAGAAUGUAUGGAUUGGACUGACUGAUCAUCUUGUAGAAGGACACUGGAAGUGGGUGGAUAACACACCUGUGGGAACUGGAUACUGGGGGAUCAACGAGCCAAAUAACGGUGGCCAGCGCUUUUCUAAUGAGGACUGUGCUCAGGUUAUUGUCACCAAUCCAGUAACAUCCAACUGGAAUGAUAUUCAUUGCAACAAUUAUAUCCAUUAUUUAUGUGAAAAAAGAGAUUCAGUGCAGCAUUCAAUACCAUCUCGUAUACAUUAAUUUUACUAAUGUUUUUAUUUCCCCUCAUGCUGCUGCAUGUUUCU